UCUUUAUUUCGCUGUCAUUCUCCAUAGUUUGGAAUCUGACUUUGUGGGGGGCUCUGCAGGACACCGGUGUGACGAGGAGGCGACCGCGGCGCGUGAUUGGCAGGUGACGUGAUUGACGUCCACAAGGUGGCACGGGGAAGACAAGCGAAGUGGAAGGUGUGCAUGAACACCAGCAUGGCUGUGGAAAGCUUUCCUGAGCUCCUGCAGAAACUGCGAGAGGUCCAUGACAAUGAGUUAGAAGGUUGGCAAGAGAAAGUACUGGAACUGACAAAUAAAAAGAACAUUGACACGAAGCGCUUAGAAGAACUUCACAGCAGGAAUCAGCAGCUGAGAGAACAGCAGCGGAUUCUGACUGAGAACAUCAAGCAGCUUGAGAACAGAUUGCGGGCUGGUCUGUGUGACAGGUGCACAGUCACCCAGGAAAUGGCGAAAAAAAGACAACAGGACUAUGAAAACUCUCAGAUCCAGAGUCUACAGCACAUCUCUCUACUAGUAAGUGAGAUGAACACGCUGAAGAAGGAAAACGACAGACUUAGAGAUGAGCUGAAGACCUUGAGUGAGCCGUCAAAUCGUCAGAAUGGUCAUGUAGAGGACACGGUCAGUCCAGAUGUUAAGGUGUCUGCUGAUCCAGCAGUGUCCUCAGGCCUGAAGUCCUGUCAGCCUCCAGCAGGGGACGCCACUGUACCCGCAGCAACUGUCAAACGAGAAAGUGACAGCAGCCCUACCGACAGCCUGGAAAAGGCUUCCGAACAAAAACUUAUGCAAAGCUGGGGCAGAGCUUUUUCAUUUGAAUCUAAUAAGCCAGUUUUGACCACCUUAAGCCCGGUGAGAUGGGGAACAGACCACGGCACUGAAAGAAGAGUUGCCAGCAUGGACUCGAUGGACCACGGACAUUCCCCUAUAUCUCCUCUCCCAUCUCCUCUUCUGAAAAACAGUCCUAUUUUUUCUUCUGCUGCCUCUGAGGAGCGCAGCACCCGGCAACAAAUCCACGCACCCGUCCCAUUCCGACCACUUCCAAUCAAAAGCGGUCAUCUGUCAAUCCCAUGGUCACUGUCAGAUUCCACAGACUGGGUCUCGGUAGCAGCCACCGGAUCUGGUGUUAGUAGCGCUUUAUCUGUUCACCCAAGCCAGACCUCAAUUCCCAGCUCAAAUGUACUGCGUUUCCCUAAAUUGGUCCCUCCAAGCAGUCUCCAAUCCCGCUUGCAUGGCUCAACACCUUCCGGCAUGCGCCCCUGGUCCCGCCGGAGCCUCUCAGAGCAUGUGGAGAGCAGAGAAAAGAGGGUGGCAGAAACCGUUACAGCGCCGUCCCAGUGGAAAGUGUCGGCAUCACAGCCAGAGAGGAUUUUUGGAGAGAAUGUAAGGGAGAAUCUGAGAGAGCAGGAUGAGGAAGCGCCGCUCGACCUGUCUGAGUCGGGACGCUCAAAAAGCCAGGAGAAAGAGAAAAUGCAUUCACAGAGCGAUGCUUCUUCAUCUUCAUCUUCCUCACCGCCCGCUACGCUUUCUUCAUCGUCUCAAUGUCCAUCAAGUCCUCAAAGUGACCAGCAGACAGCAGACAAUAAUGCACAGCCAGAGGAAGCACAAGAAAGACGUAUCGAACAGGAUGAGGUAAAAGAAGAUCAACAAUCUCCAGCAGCUGAAACAUCUAUUAACGCAGAGAACAAGAAAGUUCCAUCACUAACUAUUUCCCUCCAACCAGUUGUUGUAAUGGAAACACUUAAACAUGGAGGACAGGUCGUUGAUUCUGGAAGCAAAGCAAUAGAGCAAGAGGAGAAGGAGAACAACCAUGUUGAAGCAAGCAGAAAAAGAUCUGGUCAAGAUUCUGAAUCUCUUUCCUUUCGCUCACAAAAAGAAAAGAGAAUACGGCUGACCAGAGGACCUCAAGGAAACCAUGCAGAUCCAGAACAAGGAUGAAGGUCUCCUUUUUGUAAUUGCCCCAGGUUUUUUUUUUUAAGUUUAAUGGCUCUCAAUAGCAUGUUCAUGGACACAAUUUUUAUUUUCCUUUUAUUCUUUUUUUUAUUUGUAUUUUUAAAGGUAUUGGAUUCAACUAUAGUUACUUUUUUAUUUAGCUCCCAAAUGGUUAAUAAAAGUUAAACACACGUUGAUCACUCACAUUCAGAACACAGAUUCAUAUAACUAUUUCAAGUUGCAAUACCAAUGCUCCCUUUAUUUUUUUUAUUUUAUUUUUUAUUUUUGGGAUUUUUUUGGCAACCUAAGCAAAAGCGUUUAUACCAAUUAUACAGAAUACAUACAGAAAGUGGUUAUAUCAAGCAGUUUUCACUUCAAUGUUAAAAAGAAUAAAUUGAAUAGAAAUAUUCAAUUCAUUUUUUAAAGUAAGCUACUUCAGUCAUAUUAAACCAUCUCAAGCAGCAGUUUCAGUAAAUAAAGCACUUUUUGCUUCCCAAGGAAGCAUUUUUACAGUGAUUUGUCAAUUUUACCAAUAUGUACACUGAAAUUCUGUUUUAAAAAAUAAUUUAAACCAAAUAUCAUGCAGGGGUGCAUUUCCGAAAACCAUCAUCAGCUAACUAAGGUUGCAAGUUGCGUCGUUACAAACAUAGUUCAUAGAUUUGGCAUUUCCCAAAGCUGUUGUUCCAAUGAACAUUCGCAAACUUGUACGCUUCCAACUACACCUCUAGAGCUGUAGUUAGAAGCAUAGGUUCUGACUGUGUUCCAUUCCCUGUUAUUCCCCCUAUGCCCUAUUCAUUUAGAACGCUCCAAUAUUUAAACUUGGAAUAAUUUAAAAAAACAAUUUCACUCUUAGGUGUAAUUUGCUUUCAAAGUAUUUUUACAGUUCAGUUUCAGUGAUCUUCGUAUUGACAAUCGCGUUCCCUUCGUCAUGCACUUUGAAAACAUUUAUUCCAUUUUGAACACAGCUGUGGCUCAUGACGAAAGCUAUAGGCGACCUAUUAUUUAAAAGCAAAAUUUACACUUGUGAAAACAAAAAUAUAUAGCAUAGGUUAAUGGUUUUACUUUAUAGUAGGUUAUUUAUUCAGAAAUGCAUCUGUGCUGUAUAUGACAUGAGCCUGUUGGUUAGAAGAUUUCUGCAGUGGUUUGAAUGUGUCAAAUUUUAAAAGUAGACUUUCCAAAAUUUUUUAUAAAAAAUAAAUAAACUGUAUCCUACUUAAUAGUAAUAAUUAUUAUUAUUAUUAUUUUUUUAUUAUUAUUUAUUUUUUUUAGGUAAGGUUUUUUUUCAUUUCUUAAUAAGUAGCCUACUGUAAAUUAGGCUUACAACCAUUAACAAUUUCUAUAAUUUAUAUACGAGAUUAGAAUACGUGUUAGCUUAGUGAUAUUAUAUGGAAUAUUCUCAAUAAUAUUUGUAAAGGAAACAGGUCCUAUAUGUGUCGAUUACAUAUAUUUCAAUUAAUUUGGAAAACAAGUGCAUGUUUUUACCAAAACUAAUAUUGGAUUUUUUUUUUAAAUGUGAGUGUGUGGUAAACAAUAUAAUUUGGACCAAAAAUUAUGGGUUUUUCUCUAAAGAAGUUGUUAUCACCCAAUUUAGAGCAUCAUUAUGGAGGUUUUACGUUAUAACUAACAUGGUUCAAACGUUGGAUCUGCAACAGAGAAUCUACGGUUUUGGGAAACACUCGUCACUACAUUGUUCUUUUCCCAAAUGAUGCAUCGCACUAUGACAGUUCAGCCACGAGUUAUGUCAUUGUUUUGGGAAACGCACCCCAGGACAGUUCAGU